UUCUGGGCCUUCCUUUGGUCCAUCGAUCUUGAACACACGGCUCGGCCGCUGUGAAGCCAUGAACCCAUGACUGCGCCGCCGCCCGGGUACCAUGGCUGGGGCCCGCCUCCGCCGGGCUACCCACCACAUGUGGCUCCAUAUCCGCCCAGCCGGCCACCAUAUCAUCGACCACCCGUAGGCCCAUAUGGUCCACCACCUCCAGCAUAUCCCUAUCCGGGCUACCCGCCCCCUGGCUAUGCUGCGCCCCGCUAUCCACCUCCCCAGCGCUCAGUGGAGCGCGGCCCCACCAGCGAUGCUCGGCCGCCCGAGCCGCGCUCCUUAAGCUAUGCAGAAGAGAAGCCGGCGGCCUACCAAGCCUUUAAGACUCAAGCAGUGCGUGUCAGCUCGGCAGGAGCAGAGGUGAGCUUGUCCAAUGGUAUGUGCCAGGAUCGACAUGUGGAGGACUUCCUCCUGUGCUUCCAAUGCUGGCUGGGAAGGACUUAUGGAGAUCCCUCUGCUGGGCCCUGGCGCCUGCGAAGGUUAGAUCUCUCCCGGAAUUCAUUGAGUGAUGAAAACAUUUGCGCGGUGAUGGAUAGCAUGAAGAGCUCUGAUCUCCGGGUGGAGCGGAUUUUGCUCGCGGGAAAUCGCUUGAGACAGAACGGGCUGGCUGCGGUCACCGAAUACAUUUGGAAUUGCCGAGAUCCCUUGGUGGAAUUGGAUCUGUCGGACAAUGAGAUCCCAGGUGAACCCGGUGAAUCGGAUGGUCUCAGUGCUCUCUUGCGAUGCUUCUACAACCACCCCAGCUAUCCAGUCAUGCAGGAGCCUCGCAAGGCCCUGCCCUUGCAUUUGAGCAUGGGAGGGAACUACAUCAGGGAUGCUCAGAGGCUUUUAGACGACAUCAUCGCGAAGGGUAGCAAAGAUGGAAAGGCUUUGAUACGGAUUUGCCAAGGCCCCGAGUCUUACCUUCAGGACCACGAGGAGUUCCUCUCCGUCUAUUUGCCCAACUUCUUGCAGCAGAAAAGUGCGGAGCGUCCUCCUCCCACCGCCUCCGCUCCGGCCAUCACCCUGCGGAGCCGCUCUCGCCGCCGUCGCCGGUCACGCAAGGAGGCCGCGGCGGCCGCGCUGCCGGCGCGACGGAAGGAGAAGCCACCGGAGGCUCCCAAGGAGGUGCCGGUGGCACAGACACCGGUCUUAUCCGAGGAGGAGCAGAAGAAGCUUCAAGCAGAAGUGGGGAGGAAGCUGCAGAAGUUGGAUGAUGGCUUGCCCAGCGACCAAAGCACCUGUGACAUGCUCUCGGAGUUCACGGUGUGCAUGCUGGUGGCAAGGAAGCCACCCUUGGAAGUGGAAACUGAGCUGGCCUCCUUUUUGGGAAAGGACUAUGCUGCCAAGGUGGCUGCUUGGUUCUUGAAGCACGUGCGACAUCACUAUAAGCCUGCAGCCGUUUUGGCGGGCUGGAAGUAG